AUGUAUAAGAGAUUUUAUAAAACAAAUCUAAAUUUUAAAAUCUAUCUAUUUAGAUAUUUAAUCUAUCUAUUAUAUUUAUUUCAUUAUUUCAAUUUUAAGUCUCUCUUAAAAUUUCUCUGCCUAUCUAUCUCAUUGGUUUCUUUUUAUUCUCUCUUUCAAUCUAUCUAUUUAUAUAUCUAUCUAAAUUCGGUAUCUAUCUAUCUAUCUAUCUAUCUAUCUAUUGAUCUGUUUCAUUUUUUUUUUUUGGAUUCUAUCUAUCUAUCUAUCUAUCUAUCUAUCUAUAUAUAUAUAUAUAUAUAUAUAUAUAUAUAUAUCUUUUUAUUGAAAAAACUCUCUCUCUCUCUCAAUCUGUCUAUCUAUCUCAUUGGUUUCUUUUUCUUUCUCUCGCUUUCAAUCUAUCUAUCUAUCUAUCUAUCUAUCAGUUUCUUUCUUUCUCUCUCUCUCUGUCUCUGUCUCUCUAUCUAUCUAUCUAUCUCAUUAGUUUCUUCCCUCUCUCUCUUUGUAUCUUUCUUUUUUAUCUAUAUCAUAAACAAUAAGUGUCUGUCGUUCUGUCUGUUUUCUAUCUAUCUAUCUAUCUAUAUAUAUUAUUAUUAUCUUAUCUAUCUAUCUAUCUAA